AAAAAAAACAUACUCUUCAGAACCCACUGUCGAAUCCCGCUUCGUAUCUCCACCGGGAAAGGUAACCGUAUCAUCUGAGUUAUUAUUAUUGUUAUUACUUAACCUGAUAGGAAAUCUCCUUCCAGAAAGGAGAUGAGUCAAGCUCCCGAGCAUGGACAAGUUGGUCCUCAAGGAGAACAGGAGCACGUGAGUGUGCAUACCGAGGCGUCUAGCUUCACACCGCAGCACGAAGUUCCAGAGCCGCAGGUUCCACAACCGAAUGCUGUGCCACAGGCGGUUCCUUAUUUGCAGCCGCAGGUUGCGGCCAACAUGCUCCAGUUCCUCCAGAAGAUGGCGGGGGCGUAUGUACCGCCACCGCCACUGCCACCUCCUGUGGUGGUGGUCACGAUUGAGAAGCUGAAGAAGAACGGAGCCGAGGAGUUCUGUGGUGACCAGAUCGCGGAACCCAUGGCCGCGAAGCACUGGCUCGAGCGUGUGAGUCGAGUACUCGGGACCUUACGAGUUCCAGCAGAGCAGAGAGGCGACCUAGCUAUGGCCUUACUUCAGGAUGCCGCCUACGACUGGUGGAAAUGCGCAGGAGCGAACAUCCCGGAGUCGGUGCCGUGGGCGACCUUCGACGAGCUCUUCCGUGAGGAGUAUGUGCCCGAGCACUUCAUGGAGGAGAAGCAUGAUGAGUUCAUGAAGUUCACGCAGGGUGAACUUACGCUGCUAGAGUAUCGCCAGAAGUUCGAUGAGCUGGCCGAGUUUGGUCGGGACUUGGUGCCGACAAUGGAGAAGAGGUGCAAGCGCUUCAGGGAGGGGUUACGCCCUGAUUUGUCCUCCGGACUGGUCUCCGCACCGAGGAAUGACAUCAACGACUUGUACAAGCAGGCGUUGGAGUUACAGACGGCCUUACUCAGGAAGGCUGAGUAUGAGCAGUCACAGACGACGCAUCCUCGACCGCCACCGCCAUCCAGAUCCGGCUCGAGCAGCAAGAGGCCUCCUCACAUACCGAGUAGCUCGCACUCGAGCAAGAAGGUUAGGUCCGCACCUGCCGCGUCGUCAGCACCCACUCAGAAGAGUGGGAAGAGCGAGAGUCAGAGCGGAUAUCGGAACUCGAUCUGCAACCUCUGCGGCCGGAGGCACUCCGGUGAGUGCUGGUUCACUCAGGGCCUAUGCCUUGGGUGUGGACAGGCCGGGCAUUACCGCAGGAACUGCCCGACGAACCCUGGUGAGGCGUUCCCGACAGCGCCCGCAGCUGCAACCUCAGCUCCAGCAGCCCAGCCCGCACCGAGUCAGAAGUCGGUAGCGGCGUCCAGUCAACCGAGAAGGCCGGCACAGAGCGCUCAGUCUGGGAAGGCUCCAGCCCGUACUUAUGCGAUGCAUGGACGUACUGAGCAAGCCGCUCAUGAUGUGAUUAUGGGUAUGUUCACCUUAUUCGAUACAUCCAUAUCUGCUUUGAUUGACCCAGGUUCGACAUUGUCAUAUCUGUGUGCAUCUAUGCCUGUAUCGUCUAAUAUUCCGAGAGAGAACCUGGAAAAUCCGGUGAUUGUGUCCAAUCCGUUGGGACACAGUCUAUGUCUCAAAUAUAUCUAUCCUGACUGUCCGCUAGUUGUGCAAGGGAAGAGCUUCCCUGCAAAUCUGAUAGAGCUCCCACAUCGAGAAUUCGAUGUCAUCCUGGGCAUGGAUUGGCUUACUGCCAACCAAGCCGUUGUUGAUUGUGGCGCACAUACGGUACGGCUGAAAGCCGAAGAUGGUAAUGACGUUCUGAUCCGUGGCGAGCUUUUCCCGAAGGCUCCCGAAUUUAUCUCAUUUAUUCAAGCUCGUCGCCUCAUACGCAAGAAAUGCGAGGCCUUUCUUUGCACCGUCCGCGACACGUAGCUAGAGGCACUCGGACGGGAGGAAAUCCCUACG